AUGCCUGGCAUUCUCUCCCUGUCCCUCAACUUGCACCUUACACUGCAUCUGACAUCCCCGACACGACACCCGACAACCUGCUCUCGUCAUCUGCUAGAGAACUCUACAAGCUGUUUCGAUUCAGAAGAGUCUUCUUUUCAUACGACAAUUUGCAAAGUUGUCUCGCCCCCCCGCCAUCUUCCUCAGACGAACCCCCUUUCCUGUCCCUCACGUACUGUGCGCAGCUUCCUCGCCAUGAGCUGCCUCUAUUUCCCCCCUCCCCUGGGAGGCUGCAUGCCGCGGUCCUCUCCGAGAAGACUGCUGCCCCAGCAGCGGCCCGCCGACGGCGCGGCCAAGAGGACAACAACUUGGUCCUCGCAUCGCAACAUCCCCCGGCCCAUCUCCACGCUUUACUACUUGCCUGACUCCGAUGACCAUCGCUCGGCCGGCACGGAGGCCUACCUCAAGAUGUUCCCCUACCACGCGCAGCCCAGCUACCAAUACACAUGGCGGCAUCCGGCCGGGGUGUACUUGGACGCGGAGACGUGCCUCGCCUGGGGCGUCCAGCGCCGCGCCUUCACGCCGGAGACGACGGCCGCGCUGCGGGCACUGCUCCGGGACUGCCGGAAGUUUCGCACCAAUGUCCGCUCACCGGACCUGGAGAACGGCAGCUGGAGUGUCUACACGCUCAUGAUGGCGGCCAGGAGGGUCAUCACCAAGGCCCGGCGGGAGCAGACGUACUGGCGGGUGCUGGACCAGCUGUCGCGGCUGGAGUGGGACAACCUGCGCGCGCGGUACCUGCCGCUCUCCAUGUGCGACUCGGACCGGGCCAUGUCGCAGUGGAGCUCGCUCAUGCCGUACGUGUGCACCAUCCUCGGCGAGGUGACGCGGGAGCGGUGGCAGUUCGAGACGUGGCGGGACGCCGUCGGGGAAGGGCACCACCUCACGGACGAAGCGUUGCUGCAGGCCCCGUCUCGCCGCUGGAACCGGAUGCUGCUCAAGGUGGCCAAGUACUCGUACCAGGUGAGGAUGUACGCCGGGCGCGCUCUGCCGUGGCCGUUUGCGCGCAUCAUGCGCGUCCUCGAGGACACGCACUCGCGCAUCCACGAGUACCAGCGGGUCGGCACGUUCCUCAGCGCGCCGCUGCUGCAUCGCGUCCACCCUGUCGAGGCGGCCUUGAUCGUCGCCCGCGACAUCUACCUGGCCGGCCGCGUACCGCCCCGGCACGAGCCGCAGGAGGUGCAGGCGAUUCGCAAAAGGGCCCUCGCGCACGCAUCGAGGCUGCUGUAUCGGGUGGUGCUGUCCGAGGCCGGGGUGCCGAUCGCGCUCUUCUUCAGGGGCGAUGACGGCAAGCCCGAGGCGUUUGCGCCCAACAGCGCGCAAUGCCGGGCCGUCAUCACUGCCAAAGAGUGGCCGGCCGUCCCGCUCGCGAGGAUCAUCGACGGAGAGCUCAUCGACCUACAGCAGGUGCGGGUGGAGUCUCGCUUCGGCUCGAAGACGUACAUGCUAUGCUUCGCAGGUGAAGACAUGGAAACCCGUUACGUGAUCGAUGCCGUGUGGAAGGACAACAUUCUACGUUUCCGUUUACAGCACGGUAACUUCCCCUGGGAGACCAACCCGCUGGCGGAGCUGAUGGGCAACCACGCGACGGGACACGGGAUGCUCAACGCCAACGACGCCAACCAGGACGACCACGGCAAUGAUGACGAUCACCAGAACUACCACCACAAUCAGGUGUCUUGGGAGGCGGAGACGCAGUCUUCGGGGUACAUGUCUGCGCGCUGGGACGGCUAUGUGGGCUGCCACCACGAGGUCGGGGACCUGCCGUACGACGACGAGAUCGAGCCCAAGCUCGAGAACAAGCAGGCGCAGCCGGUUCCGCGCCCGCCCAUGUGCCUACCGCGGCGCGUCAACGAGGCGGUGCACGCAUGGCUGGAGCACGUGGAGAAGAUGGGGCCCGACGGCGCGGGGACGGGAUGGAUCGCGGGGCAGCGGCCGCCCGCCGGGGAGGCGUUGGAGGAAAGCGAGGACGACGAGAGCGAGGAGGACAGAUGGUGGAGAUGGCAGUGCGAGGGCGCUGGCGGCAAGUGGGAGGAGGAAGAUGAGGAUGAGGAUGAAGAGGAAGAUGAGCAAGAGGAAGAGGAUGCGUCAGGCGAGGACGUGGAUGGUUAUUAUGGUUACAGCGGGGGUGAAGACUGGACGGAGAGCGAUGAGGAUCUUGAGGGCAGUUGGGCCCUCGCCGGCGACCAUGACGAGGAGGGCAAUGACGCCGACGAUGAGGAGGAGGAGGAGGAGGAGGGCCACGGAGUGGGGGGCCCUUUGGUGAUCAUUUGA